AGGCAGGCAGCGGCUGGCGGUUUGAAGGCGUAGGCUGAAGCUGUGCUGCUGCUGGCUGGCUGCUCGGCGGCUGCUGCCCGCUCCGCUUGACUGUUGUGUUGCUGUUAGGUUUUUCUUCGUUAGUACGCUGCUCGGCAGCCGGCACGCCGCUCGCGAGUCCCGGACGCCCGUCCUCGCGCUGCCGACGCCGUCUCGCGCGCGCGCCUGUUGCUCAGCCCAGCAGGACCAGCAGGACCUGCUCGACGAGCGGGAGGACCGCGACGGCGGUGCGGCCACCAGUUGCCGAAGGACUCGCGACUCAGAGCAUCAUCGCCGCCCCCUCCGCGCCCGCGCCGUGUUGUGCCGAACGUCAGUGAUUUUGUACUUAAUUGAUUCCCCCUCUAAGUGAGAGGAGGCCGACACUAUGGAUACCAUGUCUUCGAUUUGGAUCUUCGGCGAGUGCUGGUGAUCCCCCGUGCAGCUGCAGCCGCCGCCGCCGAAACAGCGACCGCCCCCGAGAAUGAAGGUCUCCAGGACCAUGGUGCCGCCCGCCCCCACACUGUCGCUGCUGUUGCUGUUGUUGCUGCAUCCUUCCCGAGGACACGAGAAUGAGCCGCCCACCAUCGAGUUGCAUGAUCUGGCCGCGGACGUGUUCACGGACAAGGGGAGCUCGUCCUUCUCGGAGCUGCUGUUCGACGUCGGCCGCGAGCAGGUGGUGGUGGGCGCGCGCGACGCGCUCUACCGCCUGUCGCUGCGGGGGCUGGCGCGCCUGGAGAAGGCCUUCUGGCCGCCGCCGCCCGAGAAGGCCAGCCUCUGCCAGGACAAGGGCCAGUCCGAGGAGGCCUGCCACAACUACGUCAAGGUGCUCGUCAGCAACGGCAAGCGGCUCUUCACCUGCGGCACCAACGCCUACUCGCCGCAGUGCACCUGGAGAGAGAUGGAGAACGUGAACCACGUUGUGGAGCGCGUGCCCGGGCUGGGCAAGUGCCCGCCCAACCCGCGCAACAACAACACCGCCUUCCUCAGCUCCUCGGGGCAGUACUACGUGGUCGCCACCAUCGACUUUGGCGGCACGGACGCCGCCCUGGUGCGCAACUUCGGCGCCACCUCGAUGCUCCGCUCCAACAAGUACGACUGGAAGUGGUUCAGCGACCCGCAGUUCGUCGGCUCCUUCGAGACGGACUCGCACUACUACUUCGUGUUCCGGGAGAACGCCAUCGAGUACAUGAACUGCGGCAAGGCGGUGUACUCGCGCAUCGGGCGCAUCUGCAAGAACGACCAGGGCGGCUCGCUCAUGCUCAAGGACUCGUUCACGACCUUCAUCAAGGCGCGGCUCAACUGCUCGCUGCCCGGCGAGUUCCCGGCGUACUUCGACGAGAUCCAGGACAUGGCGCUCCUAGAGGACCAGAAGGUGCUGUACGCCACGUUCGCCUCGAACCGCAACCACUUCCCGGCCACGGCCGUGUGCGCCUUCAACAUGUCCGCCAUCCUGGCGGCGUUCGCCGGGCCCUUCAAGUACCAGGGCUCGUCGUCGUCGGCGUGGGAGGCGCAGGUGUCGCCCGUCGGCACGCGCCACUUCGACUGCGAGAAGAUCCCGCUCGACCCGCGCACCCUCGGCUCCAUGCAGGACUCGUCGCGCUACCAGAUCAUGGACCACGCCAUCCAGCCCACCAAGCUGCUGCCGCUGUACCACCGCCGCCUCGAGCGGCUCACGCUCACCGGCGUGGACGUGGUGCCCACCAAGCACCACCCGGGCGGCGUGCACGUCGUGUACGCGGCCACGGACGACGGCGUCAUCAAGAAGAUGUCGGUGCUGCCGGGCAGCCAGGAGACGUGCAUCCUCGAGCUGUGGAGGCCGUUCACCGACAAGCUGCCGCCGCGCUACCGACGCAUGGACUUCCUGCGCGCCACCGAGUCGCUGUACAUCGGCACCGAGUGGGGCGUGAUGCGCAUCCCCGCGCAGCACUGCGCGCGCUACAAGACGCGCACCACCUGCCUCGCCGCCAUGGACCCGUACUGCGGCUGGAACGAGCUCAAGGAGGCCUGCACGCCCGCGCCCAACCGCGACCCUUCCUCCGGCCACUGGCAGCAGAACCCGCUGCGCUGCCCCGACCGGGCGGUGCGCACCGAAAUAGUGGACGGCGGCUGGAGCGGGUGGUCGGCGUGGGCGCCCUGCUCGGUGGUGGACGGCGCGGACGCGGACACGAGCUGCCAGUGCCGGCAGCGGCGCUGCGACAACCCGGCGCCCGCCAACGGCGGGAUGCCCUGCCACGGCGAGACCACGUCCGUCACCAACUGCACCGUGCACGGCGGCUGGACCGCCUGGUCGGCGUGGUCGGCCUGCUCCCAGACCUGCGGCCUGGCCGUCAAGACGAGGAAGCGCACGUGCGGCAACCCGGCGCCGCAGCACGGCGGCCGCAUCUGCGUCGGCGAGGACCGCAGCGAAAUCUACUGCACGUCCAACCCGCCCUGUCCAGCCAAGCUGCCCCCGCCGCAAGACGGAGGCUGGGGCGCGUGGACGUCCUGGGGCGAGUGCUCGUCGCCGUGCGGCAGCGGCUUCCGGGUGCGUCGGCGCGUGUGCGACAACCCCAUCCCGGCGCACGGCGGCGCCGAGUGCCAGGGCUGCCCGCUGGACUACGAGCCCUGCAACGGCCACCCCUGCCCCGAGAGCCGCAAGCUGUCGGCCUGGACCCCCUGGCUGUCCGAGGCCGCGCCCGGCCCCGGCAACGCCAACUUUGGCGGCACCUGGACCGAGAAGAGGUUCCGCUUCGCGUGCCGGGCGCAGACAGCCGACCCGUCCUCGGUGCGGGUGACCCAGAGCAAGGAGGAGAAGCGGGUCUGCAGCGCGACCACAGGCUGCAAGUCAGAUCGUGUUGAUUCCGAUGAAGUGUGGUCGGAUUGGUCAGAGUGGUCAGCCUGCUCUGCAGAAUGUGGAGGUGGUUUCCAAACCCGAAGUCGUACCUGUGAGGGUAAUUCAGAAGAUUGUGAGGGCUCCCCUAAAAUGUCACGACCCUGUAAUAUGCAUCGUUGUAAAGGAGAGUGGUCAUGUUGGAGUGAGUGGUCAGCCUGCUCAGUGUCGUGUGGCAGUGGAAUGCGGCAAAGGACUCGGCAUUGUCUGAGCAUGUCCAACAAGGAGACUCUCGGAGUUAAUUGUGAUGGACCAGCACUAAGUCAGGAGCCAUGUGAAUCACCAAGUUGUGAAUCCUUGGUUGGUUGGAGUUCCUGGACUGUGUGGUCUGAAUGUGAUGAAAAUGGUGACCAGCACAGACGACGUUCUUGUGAGACUCCCGGCCCUAGCUCCUGUCAGGGACAUGAUUUUGAGACCAGAAUGUGUGUAGGUGGAAUUCAUAAUGGCAUUGAUAUACUUCCAGCUCAAGCUUUGGACUCAAGUAGUGUAGGAAACAUAUCAGUUUUGGCUGUCCUCGGCUGCUGCUUCGCCGGAUUUGUUCUGGGAUUGGCAUGUGCUGCAGCCGUUUGGUAUUACCAUAAACGCAAGCGUAUACCACCCAUACCCAGUAGCCCCUGCUAUAUGUCAACGAAGCAGAAUCCAUAUGUCACAGUGCCUCUUAAAGAAUCAAUAAGUCAAAAACCCAAACGAACUGCAUCCUUUUCAUCAGCAACAAGUAAUGGUUCACACAAGCCCAUAGUCAAUUGUAACUCCUUGAAUCAUCCAACACCAAAGCUAUUUUCUAAGCCAGCUGAUUAUGACACAGCAACAAUCAAACGCAACAGUCAUUCCCUCAACGGAAAUGUCCGACCUGAUCUUGAACAAGAAAAGUUCUAUUGAUUAAUACACAUUGAUACAUUAAAGUUUGACUUUGUGUAAAUGUGGAAAAGCAGAUAUACAAUUGCAAAUUGCAGUGAUGGUGUUUCUGUUAUGGAAGAAGUGAAUUGAUCUUAAAGGGAUGGGCUUUCAAAAGGCUAUCCAAUAGCUGUACUAAUUAUUUGAUGUUGUCUGUGUGAUUUUUUUUCCAAUUAUUGUGAUACUUGUGGCACAUUGGCCAUUUAUUUCAGUUUAUGUGCCUUAGGGGAUAUCAAUAGAAUGUUGUUUUUUUUUAUAAAAAUUAAAAAAAGCAACAACAAUUAACGUCAUUCACAUGUGUGAGUUCGUUUUGUUUUGUUUUUGUUUAUACAAAUAUAUUACCCUUGCUCAAACUUGCGUUUGAUGUGAUGCUACUCUGUGGGAAUCGGCAACACUUUCAACUUUCUAGUCAUCCUUGUAAAUAUUCAUAAUUGUUAGAUGAUGACUUUAUUUAACUUGGCAUCUAUGCAGAGUUACUUACAUUUUGUUUUAUAUAAAUGAAUUUGUAUCCAACCAACUUGUAAAGCUUGUUUGAAUGCUGAAUUUUUUGAUGAUUUUAAUGAUUUGUAUGUAUUAGACUAUUAGAAGAUCAAGAGUCAAAUUUAAUUUUAAUUAACAAUUGACUGUGACACAUAUGUGCCAAGGUCCAGUAUACGCCAUAGUAAGAUGUCUAAAAUGUAGGUGAAAUGUGUAUAAAUUGUUAACUGACAAGAUAUUUUACAUUUGUUAUGUUUUUGUAAAUAGUCACUUGACUCUAGGAAUUGCGCAAUUUUCACACUUUUCCUUUGUUCACAUUUCAAAUUGUUUGUUAAAUCAGUUUUUCAUGCUUUUAUAAAUUGUAGCAAGCCUCAGUCCUGUUGAUAAUUAUCUUAGGUUUACUUAAUGUUUCAGGAAGUAACAGUCAUUUUAAUUUGAUUUUCAGUUGCUGAGUAAGUACAAAACAUUAGACUUUAUGUUACUUCCAUAAUAAUGUGAUAUUGAUAUUAUUAUUAAUUUUAUUUGUUGCUGACUUAGGGUUUUUAGAGGCACUUUAGCUCUCUAAGUUGAUUGAACUCUCCAGUUAAAUAUACUGGUAACUCUCAGUUCUUUAAUUCCACUUUGUUCUUUCCAUUGCCAGUUUAUGUAACCAAGACAGAAAAUAAAUAAGUUUUGUUUUAUAAUUUUAAAAAAAGAUGUAGUACAGUAGCUUUAAAGAAUUCCUAUUCUUUGAUGGAUGUGUUUUUGUCACCAAUUUUUAACUGACCCAUCCGAGAUUUGCUGAGCUACUUGCCCACAAUUGUUUAGUUCAUAACUUUGUUAUUUUGUACUUAAUGUAAUUAAUUUGUAUUUAUUGGUAGACAUUAUUGUUCCUUUCCAUGCUCAUAUUGAGUGUGUGUAAUAAUGUAAAUGUAUAGUUGUCCCUCUGUAGUGUAUAUUUUAUUUUUCAAUUCUAAUAAACCUUGUAGAAAAUUUA